UUUUGGAAAUUUCUUAUUGAAGUUUGAUCAAACCGUGUGUCAGUGUGGGUCAGGGACGAUGCUGGUGCGCCUCAGACGCUGCGGACACGAGACACGGUGAGAAAUGGACCACGAUAAAAAGCAAUUAGAGUCUGAACCUGCUCGUUAACAGGGAGGGAGACAGACCGACUCCAGUUGUUUUGGCCAUGGCCGGCUGCUGGCAGUGGUGCCACCGCACCUGCGUGUGCUGCCUGUCCGAGGAGGAGAAGAGGACCAUUGCUGUGGACAAGGCCAUUAGGCAGGAGCUCAAGCAGCAGAAGAAGAAGGAGAAGAGGGAAAUUAAAAUCCUCCUGCUGGGGACCGGGGAGAGUGGAAAAACCACUUUCAUCCGACAAAUGAAGAUCAUCCAUGGGCGAGGUUUUUCUGAAGAGGAGAGGAAAACCUUUGCCAAAUGUAUCUUUCAGAACAUCCUCUCAGCCAUCAAGGCCAUGACCGGAGCCAUGGACACGCUCAGAAUCCCCUACUCCAACCCAGAGAAUGAGAUGUUUGCUAAGUGGCUGCAGGACGUAAACACAGUUCAGAUCAGCCAGUUGGAACGAGGCUAUGUUGAGGGGAUUCGCCGCCUGUGGGCAGACCCGGGCAUCCGCGUCUGCUACAGCCGCCGCUGUGAAUACCAACUACUGGACUCCACAGAGUACUACAUGAAUAAUCUGGACCGAAUCUCGAGCCAGGACUACAUCCCCACAGAACAGGAUGUGCUACGAGUUCGAUUCCCCACCACGGGCAUCCAUGACUACGCCUUCAACAUCAAGACCAUCACACUAAGGAUCGUGGACGUGGGCGGUCAGAAGUCAGAGCGUCGGAAGUGGAUCCACUGCUUUGAAAAUGUAACCUCCCUCAUCUUCCUGGCCUCCCUCAGCGAGUUUGACCAAGUCCUGGAGGAGAGAGAGACCAUAAACCGAAUGCAGGAGAGCCUGGCUCUGUUCUACACCACCAUCCAUUCGCCUUGGUUCCGCAACACCUCCAUCAUCCUCUUCCUCAACAAGACUGACAUCCUGGCUGACAAAAUCCAGACCUCUGACCUGAAAAAAUACUUCCCCAGCUUCCCAGGUAAGAGGCAUGAUCCCGAGGAUGCCAAGAACUUCAUCCGCAAGAUGUACGAGCAGAACGCCAUCAACCACGACAAGAAGGACGAGUGGAAGACUCUUUACCCGCACUUCACCUGUGCUACAGACACCAACAACAUCCGCAGGGUCUUCAGCGAUGUCAAGGACACUGUGCUGCUCAAGUCUCUCAUUGACUAUGGAGUCAUGUGAACUUUCACUCCGCGGAGGAAAACACAGGGAAACGCUUGGACUCUUGUCUCCGUCUGGUAUUUACUUGGAGGAGUGAAAGCUCUGAUGAAGGCCAAGAUGUCGCAUUAAGAUUCUUCCUGAAGCCUGAACAAUCACAUCUCCUCCUCCUCUCCCUCGUCAGGUCUUGAUGAUGAAGCAGAUGGAGAAAAGAUUGUACUCCUCCCUCGACUCCACCACAAUCACUGCACUCUCUCCUUUUCCUCUCCAGGAGAAAACAUGAAUAAACAUUUGCGGAGAACUUAACACAUGGAGAGACAGAACCAGAGUGAGUUAUGUCUGUUGAUCAGGGAGUGAGGAAGCAGGAAUCACCCUCAUUCCCCUCAGACCACAGCUUUCUCCUGCAUUUUGAUGAUUUUUUUUUUUUGUUUUGUUUUUUGAAGAUGAAGAAGAAGUGUUUGAGUCCUGUAGUGAAUGAGCUGAUCCACAAUUGAAGCAGGAGCAAAGAUGAAGUGUUGUGCUGCCAUUCUACAGAGCACUGACUUUUAGUGGAGAAAGGACCAUGCAUGGGAGCUCUGCACAUAUUUAAUUACAUAUUUGCACACGUCAACAAAACAAAAAAGGCUUCCAUUAUUCCCCUGUGUAAGGUAAUGCAUGACAUCUAAGUGACUGCACUCUUUAUAAUUAGACACCCUGAAUCAGUGGAGUGUCUGUCAUUUUCUUUAUUGUCUUAUUGAUUAUAGUUAUAUUGGCUGUACUUCCUGCAAAUAUUAUAUUAUUGUUUUUAAUACGUGGAUGGUGUCUGCCAGUGGUUACGUGUGGAUCGUUGUGUGCCACUGCCACAGGUGGAGUCGGAAGUCUCUCUGUGAGAACAUUCUUACCUUCAUUCUUGUGGUUAGCAAUGGUGGCUCACAGCAGGAGGGCUCUAGCUUCAAGUCCUGGUUCAGGCGGGGUUUUUCUGCGCGGCGUUUACAUGUUCUCCCUCUGUUCGGGGCAGAUACACAAUUUUGUUUUCAGAUCAAAACGAUGCGUGUCCAGAUGAGUCUUUCAGCACCGUAUCAGUAAUCUGCGUCCAUACUUACUACGAAAAACACUUAUCGUGCACACACUUGUGUAAACAGGAAGCAGAUACUUUCCUCUGCAGUUGUCUGCCUACUUUUGGAAAGUACUACUAAUGGGAAAUAACAAUGGUGAAAAGUAAAAACAAGGGUUUCUGUAAUUAGACCAACGCCACGGUGACACUGAAACUGAAAGUAAGUGUUACAGAAGUUAUUUGUUGUUUUGUUUUUUACAGCUGAUAGUUGAGUCAAGACCAAUAAGAACCAGUCAGGGAUUAAUGUGUUACAGUUUAGGUCUGUGUUUCUGCCUGUCCCGCUGUACGGAAGGACAUUUACUCUUCCACUUAUAUAUAAAUAACAAUAUAUAUUAGUAUGUCAUAACUGUGAGAUAGUGAGUCAUAUUUAUGAGAUGUUAAGUCAUAAUUAUGAGAUACUGAGUUGUAAAUGAUGAGAUACUAUUUCAUCAUUUCGAAAUAGUAUCUCAUUAUUAUGACAUAGCGUCUCAUAAUUAUGGGAUAUUAUCUUAAAAUUCGGAUUUAGUUUCUCGUAAUAUUCUGCCUUGGUUAUGUGUGUCAGAAACGGGCUUCCAUACAGAUGAAAACACAGGCAGUGAAGUCGAAAUUGUCAUUAUCCCAGUAAUGUAUUGUUGAAUUAAUGAAUGAUUAGCAAGUCUUAGUCACAUUUGAUUUAAUCCGUUCUGCUGAAAUGCUCCUGUAGAUGACGCUGAAUUAUGAAAGCUUGAUGCUUUUAUAUGCUUUUUAAGGUUUAAAGCAAAACUCAACAGUUGUUCAUCAUUAUCUCAGUGGUAGAACAUGAACAUGUUCAAGGGCUACGGGGGGAAAAAAAGGAAAAACAAUGCUUUUAAUUGGUUUAGUGUUACAUAUUUUUAAUGCAAAUUGGGUCACAAACCCACAGAAGAUUAUAACCCAUGUUCAUGUCACUUUAAAUUGUUUUGUUUUCCCGACAUCAGCACAUCUGAGACUUUUGUGUUUGCAGCUGUCGCAUCCAUCUGUUUUUAAGUGUGGGAAUGUCGCAGAGUGAGAUCUGAGAAACUUAGAGAGACCCAGGGUUUGAAUGUAACAGACAUUUGUUAGUAUUCAAAGGUCAUUUUUCUCAGUUGUCAUUGAUUCUGAAACGUGGCCGUGUUGUUUUUAAAUUUCCAUACGGCAUCAAAAACCAGCAGCAGCUUUGUAACAGCACAGUCGCAGAUGUGAUUCUGGUGUUCCUCGUCCGUCCGUCCGUCCGUCUGUUCAGUUUUACUCUGUGGACAGUGAAUACACUUCUUUAAAUUGAUAUCAUGAAUUCAAGCACAAAUCGCAUUGGGCGGCUGCCAUGUUUUCAAAAGGUCACGAGAGAAACACAAAACCGUUGAGAAUAACGGCUCUAUUCAUGCUUGGUGUUCAAUCAACAAUGAUGGGGGAGAAAUAUCCACCAGGUCCUCUGUUCUGCUGGGUAAAGGGUAAAGAAUAUUAAUAUGAGGUAGCAGUGUGAUCUCCUUGUGUGUCCUAUUUAUAUCAGUGUGUGGAGAGGGACAUUUUUAACUGAUCAGAAGUGUGAGUUGUGCCAUUGUGUGUGUCACUGAGUGUCAAGUACGUGGGAAACAACAAUGAAGUUGAAUAAAUUAACUGACCUCGAUGGGAGGCUAAUAUUGGUUCACACUGUGCCUGUCAUGUGGUUUCCGCUGCUGUUUUUUUUUUUUCCUUUUUUAAUUUUGAACAUGUUUUGAUCUCUGCAUUGCUGCUUUAUGUGCUCAAACACGGUAGCUUCAUUGUUGAAUCAUAAUGACACUUUAUAACAUGAAUGUAUAAUUUUACUGUACAUUUAUUAACGACUACUCUACUUUUGAUUGAUUUUUAACUGCUGUAUUUGUAACGUUGUUUGCCGACAGCCUUUACACUGUGACUAGAGAAUGCAUUUACAAAUGAACUUCUUGUUUUUGCAUUGGGAGCCCUCCUCUCAUUUGGUGACAGUGGGUCAUUUUUUUUUUGUAGACUCCGGUGACGGCAGUGGACAAAUGUGUCUUUUUCUAGGUAACAUUAAAAACUUUGACCAUU